AGAUGUUGUUACUACUUAAUCGGCUAAUGGUUUUAAAAAUAAUAGUAAUAAAAGUGGGAGAAUCCUGAAACUAAAAUAAAGGGUAUUCAGACACCUGACCUCUACAAAAUUGGCUGAAGGGAACAGUUAUUUUACCCUUAUGUAUACCUUUGCAUCUAUACGUGUAUGUGUGCAUGUAUGCAUAUUUAUGCAUAUUUAUGUUACCUAUAUAUGUACAUGUGUGUGUGUAUAUAUAUUUUUUAAAAAUAAACGAGUGUGUAUAUAUAUGUAUAAAAAUACACCUCUUUAUGGUUGCCUCUCAGCUCUGAAAUUGCUCAGAAUGAACCACUGGAAUAAUAGCCUGCUGUUUUGGAUAAGUUAACUCAAUAUAAAUAGCAUAAGCAACUUUCAAGAGUUGUAGGCACUUCCUUUUGGCUCUCUGCUUCCUUAUUCUGAGGAAGCCUGGCUGUGAUCUGCAGCAUGGGGAGGAACUGGUUGGAAUGUAAAUUUUACAGGCUUUCCUGGACAUCAGCAGUGGAAAUCACUUCUCUCAUGCUGAGAUCUAAACUGGCCCGAGCAGUCUCAAGUACUGGGAAAAUGUGCACGGAGUUAAUCUUUUCUUCUGUUAUUUUACAUAGCAGCAAGUGCAAUUUCUGGAGAGGUUCAGAUUACAGAAUUGCAGAAGGUAGGGGUUGGAAGGGACCUCUGGAGAUCAUCUUGUCCGACCCCCCUGCUUGAGCAGGCACACCCAGAGCAGGGGGCCCUCUGGCUUCCAGUGAGGCUUUCCUACUCCUGACCCUUGCACUGAAUACUGUAAAGCCUUCCUUUUUGCAUUGGUUGUUGUAGAAGCAGAGGCACAGCUUAUGUUCUUUUUAAUAUUUGGAGAUUGCAGGAUGGGGAAAUAAAUCACCUUUUCCUCUCUCUGAUGGGGGUCACACAUUUAUUCACCUCCAGGUGACUCUCUCCAGGAAGAAAAAGUACAACCUGGCCUGUGUUGACGCAAGUAACUUGAUUUCACAAGAGCAGGGAAGAUAAUAGAAAGGAAAACACAGUGGCUCUUUCCCAGCAAAUCAGUAGCUGUUAUAUCCCCAGACCAUACCUCAGAUAUUUUUGUUGGAAGUAGGUAAAAUGGUGACAUUAAUUCACACGUUAGCAGAUCAUAGAGAUGAUGUCAACUACUGUGCCUUCUCAUCAUCGUGCUUGGCUACUUGUUCCUUGGACAAAACAAUCCGCGUUUAUUCUUUAAACAACUUUACUGAGCUUCCAUACUCACCUUUAAGAGGACAUACGUAUGCUGUCCACUGCUGCUGCUUCUCUCCAUCAGGACACGUUUUAGCUUCAUGUUCAACAGAUGGCACUACCAUGGUUUGGGACACUUGUGACGGUCGGACGCUGGCAGUGCUAGAGCAGCCCAGCGGCAGUCCCGUUAGAGUCUGCCGAUUUUCUCCUGGGUCCACAUAUCUAGUGUCGGGGGCAGCGGAUGGGAGUGUAGUUCUUUGGAACAUGCAGUCAUUGAAACUGUACAGAUCUGGGAAUGUUAAAGAUGGUUCUUUGGUGGCCUGUGCGUUUUCUCCUAAUGGAAAUUUCUUUGUCACUGGAUCAUCGUCUGGUGAUUUAACCAUUUGGGAUGAUAAAAUGAGGUGCCUGUAUAAUGAAAAAGCACAUGAUCUUGGUGUUACCUGCUGUGAUAUUUCUUCACAGCCAAUUUCUGAUGGUGAACAUGGAUUCAGAUACUUCCAGAUGGCUUCUUGUGGUCAAGAUACUCAGAUCAAACUCUGGCUUAUUUUGUUUGCAGAUGUCUUAGGUGUUGAAUUAAAAUAUAAAUGCACAUUGAACGGACAUUCUGCCCCAGUUCUGGCUUGUGCAUUUUCUUGUGAUGGGCAAAUGUUAGUUUCAGGGUCUGUGGACAAGUGUGUCAUAAUACAUGAAACUAGUACUGGCAAUACCCUUCAUACGUUGUCUCAGCAUACCAGAUAUGUUACAACUUGUGCUUUUGCACCAUAUAGUCCCCUACUUGCCACAGGUUCAAUGGAUAAAACUGUGAACAUAUGGCAGUUUGACCUUAAGCAACCCUAUGCAGGAGAUACUGUAGAAAAUGAAUCUAAGGUGGCUGUUGAGGACUGGUCAGAGGAUGAUGUUUCAGCCUGGCUUUGUGCACAAGACUUAGCAGGCUUUGUUGGGCUUUUCAAAAUGAAUAACAUUGAUGGCAAGGAACUGCUGAAUCUUACUAAAGAAAGUCUGACUAACGAAUUAAAAAUUGAGUCUCUCGGCCUGCGCAGUAAAGUUCUCCAGAAAAUUGAAGAACUGAGGAUGAAAAUGGUCUCUGAUUCUGUUACUGUCCCUGAUGAGUUCUUAUGUCCUAUCACAAGGGAGCUUAUGAAGGAUCCUGUCAUUGCAGCAGAUGGCUAUUCCUAUGAGAAGGAAGCAAUGGAAAACUGGAUCAGCACUAAAAGACCAUCUAGCCCCAUGACAAAUCUUCCUCUCCACUCUCUUACACUUACACCAAACAGGACACUAAAAAUGGCUAUCAGUCGCUGGCUAGAGACUCAGCAGAAAUGUAGUUAACUCACUUAGUUUUGAAGUUGUUCAUUAAAAGUAAUUGAAAUGAAAUUGGCUGUAGCCAAAGGAAAUCAUUGUAUCA